AUACACAUACUGCUUGAACGAAAGCUACCGGCCAAAAUAACUAGGUCAACUGAAUGCCCGAUUGCCUGUUACUUACCAUUCACCAGACUAUAUAAGCCCAGGAAUGGAGAACCAAAAUCAUCAGUUGUUUACCAAACUAACCUAGUACAACAUGAAGCUGUUCUUCGUCGCCGCAUUCUUGGCUGUUGCUGCCGCCGUACCAUCCAGCUACAAGCCGGAAUACAAAGCUCCCAGCUAUCCUGCCCCAAGCUACCCGGCACCAAAGUACCCUACUCCUAGCUACCCCUCACCAGCCUACCCCGCACCAGCCUACCCCACACCAGCCUACAACAAGGAUAACAAAUACGAUGACAUUACCAUCACCAGUCAAUCUGAUGAGCGCAACCUCGAUGGCAGCAGCCAAUGGAGCUAUGCCCAGUCUGACUACACCACCCGUGAAGAGUCCCAGGUUCAGAAGAAGAUGCAAGGAGUCACUUACGAUUCUUACGGCAAAGAAUCGUACGGUGAAGUCCUAGGCAACACCAACAAGGGAUCCUCUUACUGGGUUUCCCCUGAAGGCCAGAAAUUCACUUUGACCUGGGCCGCUGAUGAAGCUGGAUUCCAGCCCAAAGGUGAUCACUUGCCCGUCGCACCCGUCCACGAAUACGAACUUCCAGUUGCCCCCGUCCACAUCCCUUUCAACGGCAAAGGCUACAAGAUCUACUAAAUUAAUGAAAUCUCAAUUGAACAAAUAAUUUAAAACUAUGUAUUUUAUGCCUUACGCCUUUUGGCUCUUGCUGUAAAAAUGUGUGAAUAUAAAGCGGAGACUAUCUA